UUGUUCGCCGUUGGUCGCAAAGUCCAAAUUAACGCUUUGGGAACGAAACCAAAAUCCAAUUUGGAUGCAUAGAUCUCUUUCGAUCGCGACGAAAUGGUUUCUUCGUCGAAGAGUUAAUCCUCCUCCUCCUCCUCUUUCCUUCUUCUGUUCACGACCUUUCUCUGGUUACCGAGAGAGAUUAGCAACUGCUUCCCUUCACUCUAUCAACUUCGACGAUGCUCUCUCUUUAUUCUGCGAGAUGCUUCACUCUCGCCCCCUCCCCACCAUCCUCGAUUUCACCAGAGUUUUAACCGCCAUCGCCAAGACGAACAAGCACCACGACGCCGUCGUCUACCUCUGCCGCAAGAUGGAAGCUCUGGGGAUCUCGCACGAUCUCUACACCUUCACCAUCCUGAUCCACUGUCUCUGCAGAUGCUCUCGCCUCUCUCUCGCUCUCUCCGUUCUCGCGAAGAUGACGAAACUCGGGAUCGAGCCCAGCGUCGUCACCCUCGGCUCCCUCCUCAACGGAUUCUGCCGCGGGAGUAAGCUUCGCGAGGCUCUCUCUCUCGUUGACACCAUGGGGUGUGAACCUAACGUCGUCGUUUACAACACCGUGAUCAACGGCCUUUGCAAGAACGGAGAGGCUGAUAAGGCUUUGGAGGUUUUAAGACUGAUUGAGAAGAAAGGAAUGAGAGGGGAUUCUGUCACUCUCGUUAAUGCUCUUUGUAGCUCCGGUAGAUGGAGCGAGGCGGCUCGGCUAGUGAGAGAUAUGAUCAAGAGGAGGAAGAUUGAUCCUAAUGUGAUCUUUUACAGCGGGAUGAUCCAUGUGUUUGUGAAAGAAGGGAAUCUCUUUGAGGCUGUAAACUUGUACAAGGAGAUGAUCUUGAGAUCUGUGGAUACUAACGUCUUCACUUACAAUUCACUCAUCAACGGGCUUUGCGUUGAUGGUCGGUUAGGUGAGGCCAAGCGAAUGUUUGAUUCGAUGCGCUGUUCUCCGGAUUUGGUGACGUAUAAUACUCUCAUAAAGGGGUUUUGCAAGUCUAAGAGAGUAGAGGAUGGGAUGAGACUCUUGUGUGAGAUGGCUCGUGAAGGAAUCGUUGGCGAUGCUUUCACUUACAACACUCUUAUCCACGGUUAUUGCCAAGCGGGGAAACUCAGUGUUGCGCUGAAGGUUUUCGGUCGGAUGGUUGAUUGUGGUGUGGCUCCUGAUGUUGUUACCUACAACGUUUUGUUGGAUUGUCUGUGUAGUAAGGGGAAGGUAGAGAACGCGAUGGUGAUGGUGGAGGAGAUGGAGAAGAGAGAAAUGUAUGUUGAUAUUGUCACGUAUAGUAUCAUCAUACGAGGGAUGUGUAGAAGUAAUAAGGUGAAAGAGGCUUGGUGUUUGUUUUGUAGCCUCGCUCUCAAAGGAGUGAAGCCUGAUGCUAUAGCGUAUAGAACAAUGAUAUCAGGAUUGUCUAGGGAAGGCCGGCGGCGUGAAGCUGAUAAGCUGUGUAGGAAAAUGAAAGAAGAUGGGAUUAUUAUGCCAAUUAAAUGCAUACAUAAUGAUGAGACACUUAGAGAUCACCACUACACAAGCUCAUCAUUGGCUGAACUCAUUAAAGUUAUCCAUGAGUAAAAGUUAGAAACAAAAUUAAGAAUGCAACAUCUGUUUUGUGUUGUACUUUUUUGUAUGCAAUUUUCUUAUGUGGUAACGUUUGCCAUCAAAUUGUUUGUGUGCCAAGGCGUUGGCCAACUCUUGAUUGUUGUAAAACUGAAACCAAAUAAAGCAGAGUGUAAGUAAGUUGUCAAAAAAUUUGAAUAACUCACUUCUUUGCUCUCAGCUCAAUGAAACACCGCUUGAUGUA